AUGACUUCCUCAAUCCUCGACAUCCAGCGGAAUAUCAUACUCGACACGAUCCGUGCGACCAGCGGGCGCGACUGGAAAAUUCUGAUCCUCGACGAGCAGAGUAAGCGGCUGAUAUACAAUGCCACUAAGGAAGAUGAUAUACUCAACUGCAACAUUAUCAAUAUCGAGUCCAUCGAAGACCGCAGGCAAGGCUCGUCCGACACCGACGCCAUCUACCUCCUCUCACCUCUACCGCACAUAGUCGAGUGUCUUAAGGCCGACUUGAGUCGCAGGAGAUACCGCCGAGCGUACUUGAUAUGGACCUCGCAGUUACCAAGGGGUUUGGGAGAGGAACUCUUUCGCUCCGAGUCCAGAGCACAGUUAAUCGCCGACUCACGAACGCUCAAUGUCGAGUACUUCCCAAGAGAGGCAAAUCUAGUCACAUUUCGAGAGCCAUGGAGUUUUCAUCUCCUCUUCCAUUCAGCCUGCGACUCGCUGGUUAAGAACCACCUGGACGCAAUAACGCAGAAACUGGUGUCUAUGUGCGUGUCCCUGGGCGAAUACCCUUUGAUACGGUUCUACAAGCCCAGGGAGCACGAGAGACAUGCGGCAGAUGUGCUAUGCUAUCAUCUCGCCAGCUUUGUCCAGAGCGCGUUGGACGACUACGCCCGGGAUCCUCGAAACGACUUUCCUCCCCAGAACCAAGGAAAUAGGCCACGGGCGGUGCUAUUGAUCACGGACCGCUCGAUGGAUCUAAUGUCACCAUUUGUCCAUGAACUGACAUACCAAGCAAUGGCCAUGGACCUUCUGCCCAUCCGAGACGACGAUGACAAGAUCACAUACCGCAACAUCAUCCGCCGUGGUCAACCUGACCAAGAAGAGAAGGAGGUCGAAAUCACCGAAAAGGACAACCUUUGGGUGGCUCACCGGCACAUGCACAUGAAAGAUCUGCUGGUGCAGCUGAGUGAGGAGUUCAAGAAAUUCCAGGCAAAGAAUCCUCAAUUUGCCGAUAAUGACGGCCAGCCGGCGAGUAUCAACACCAUCAAGGACAUGUUGGCUGGACUGCCGGAAUUCCAAGAAGGCAAAGAAGCCUUCUCGCUACACAUCGACAUGGCCGAGAAGUGCGCCAAAAUAUUCGCAGACCACAAAUUGUUGGAUGUCGUCUCAGUCGAGCAAUCGUUGGCGACCGGCGUGGACGAGGACAACAAGAAGCCCAAAAAUUUGGCAGAUCAAGUUGUCAGGCUGCUGGAUGACGACAGUGUUGUGCACGAAGAUCGAGUCCGGUUACUGAUAUUGUACGUUCUGUACAAGCACGGCAUUCUGCGAGGCGACAUCGAGAAGCUGCGUUGCCACGGCGAACUCUCCCCCAUGGAUGGCGAGAUCAUCUACAACCUAAUAACAUUGGGUGCCCGGGUCGAAAAGCAGCUCAAGGACACGACGCCGCCUCCACCACCCUUGUUCCCUCCUAAGCUUCGAGACAGUACUAGCAAUAUGGAAGAAGUGAGCCUCUCCCGCUUCGAACCCGCCCUUCGAUACAUGCUCGAGGAACAAUGUCAAGGCACGUUAGACGCAAACGUCUUCCCGCCCAUAAAACCUCACCUCAACGACCCUAACAGCCAAAUGAAUCUUUCGCAGAGUUCGUUGCGCAACGCAGGGAAACCAACCUGGGCACAAGCGCGAUCGCAGACAAACAAGCCGCGUCAACGUAUUAUUGUCUUCAUGGGUGGCGGCGCAACCUAUGCCGAGGCGAGAGCUUGCUACGAAGUCUCCCGCAUGGCCGGGAAAGAAAUCUUCCUGGCAACGACCCAUAUGCUCACACCCAAAUCUUUCCUCCGCCAAGUAAGUCUGCUAAGUGCAGGAAGGAAACAGCUCGACCUGCCCAUGGACCGCGCGCCACCGAGGUUGCCUGCUUGGAUGAGUGAACCUCCUCCGCAGGCUCAGCAGCCGAAACCUCCUCAACCCGGGCCUAAUGGCCGUGCCCCUGCUCCGCCCACUUCAGCAAUGGCAAAUAUGAAUCUAGGAGGCGGCAGGGGCGGUGCCCCACACAACGGCGUCCGCCCUGGCGUCGGCACAGCGCCUGGGCCCGCUCGACCAGCCCAACCGGCGCCAAUGCCGAAACCGUACGCUUCGCCCGACGAAGGGUUUCCCGCUAAAUUGAAGAAGGAUAAGGAGAAGAAGCACCAUCUGGGGCUGUUCAAGAAGCAUUAG